AGUCCUUGUUUCGUCCGGUCCCCUCCACACGCUAGCUAGCCUAGACUAGCUACCUGCCUUUCCCUUCCAUUCCCUCCUCAUCCCGUCUCGUCUCUCUCCACGUCGUCGUCUUCCUCCUCCUGAUCAACCCCACCCCUCUCUCUAUCGCUCUCUAUCUAUCUCUGAUAAAGAACUCUGCAGAUAUAUGUAGCUGCUGCUGCUGCUGUUUGUGCAUGUGUGUGGAGUAUUACCUCUGACAGUUUUAUUCCCUGCAAGAAAAGAGAGACUCCAUCGAUCUGCUCUACUGUUCCUUCGAUUCAGCAAGGCGUAGACGAAGUAUACACACAUCCAUCUCUAUCGGUGUGGAGUGUGGACACACCGUUCUUGCCGCCUCUAUCUAGCUUGCGUUUUUUGAUUGAAUGGCCAAGGAGAUGGACGAUGUCAAGUACCAUGAGGAGUAUGUGACGAAUCCGAGAGGAUUACAGCUCUUCACAUGCGGCUGGCUGCCUGCUUAUUCCUCGCCCAAAGCGCUCAUCUUCCUUUGCCAUGGCUACGGCAUGGAGGUCAGUGGCUUCAUGAAAGCAUGUGGGGUCGAGCUGGCGACGGCAGGAUAUGGUGUGUUCGGCAUCGAUUAUGAAGGCCACGGCAAGUCCAUGGGUGCCAGAUGCUACGUCCAGAAGUUUGGGCAUCUUGUCGAUGAUUGUGACAGAUUCUUCAAAUCCAUCUGUGCACUGGAGGAGUACAGAGAGAAAAGCAGGUUCCUGUACGGCGAGUCGAUGGGCGGUGCAGUUGCUCUGCUGCUGCACAGGAAGGACCCGACCUUCUGGGACGGCGCCGUCCUCGUCGCGCCAAUGUGCAAGAUAUCGGAGAAGGUGAAGCCGCACCCGGUGGUGGUGAGGCUGCUGACGCAGGUGGAGGAGAUCAUCCCCAAGUGGAAGAUCGUCCCCACCAAAGACGUCAUCGACUCCGCCUUCAAGGACCCCAUCAAGCGCGAAAAGAUCAGGAAGAACAAGCUGAUCUACCAGGACAAGCCCCGGCUGAAGACGGCGCUGGAGCUGCUGCGAACAUCCAUGGACGUCGAGGACGGGCUGUCGCGGGUGAGCAUGCCGUUCUUCAUCCUGCACGGCGAGGCCGACACGGUGACGGACCCGGAGGUGAGCCGCGCGCUGUACGAGCGCGCCGCCAGCGCCGACAAGACCAUCAAGCUCUACCCGGGGAUGUGGCACGGGCUCACCGCCGGCGAGCCCGACGAGAACGUCGACCUCGUCUUCUCCGACAUCGUCGCGUGGCUCGACGACCGCAGCCACCGCCACCGUGAGGCCCGGCAAGACCGGGCGAGGAUCCCGCCGGUGCUCGACAAGAUGGCCAUUGCCAACAGCCGCGGCGGUGGCGACGACAGCACGGUGGCAUCGCACGGGUCGCCGGAGCAGCGGCGCGGCGCCGGCUUCCUCUGCGGGCUAGCCGGCCGAUCAAAUCACCAGCAAUGUAGGAUGUAGAUAGAUAUGAAAAAAGAUACAAAAAGAAAACUUCAUUCAAAGAAAGGAAUUCGGGUGUUUGUGAUGCAGAUUGUGAGCUAUAGAAAGUUCAGGAAAAAGAAAUCAUGUUUCAUUGGAACAAAUGCUGUUUGUUUCAGUUUAAAAAUGCACCAGGUUCCUGCCUAGUGCAGCAUGACAAAAA